AUGGCUGCUGACGUCGCGCGACGGCCGAUGUGGCUUGAUACUACUUCAGGGGUAACAUUCGUGGUUGGAGGAAUGAAUAAUGGACGUUUGCCGCACUCCGAUUUCCUAAAAGCCAUAAAAACUGUCUUUUCUCAUCUUCAACAUCGCGCCGAUGCAUACAGCCAAUGGUCGAUCGAAGAAUUAACCAACCCUGUUUCAGUUGAACUGAGCGCGAAUUUACUAAUCGGAAGGUCCGUUGUUCGAACCCGACCUUUGCCCCUUGACUUCCCCUGUCUACGUUUCGCAAACCUGACAGCAUCCCAGCCCUCGUGCUUCCUUUUGGUGGCAUGGUAUUAUAAGACGGUUCCACAUAGCAGCAACAGCUGCGCGCGAUAUUACCUACUCCGUGUGGGGUCAAUUGCGAUAUUUCGAUGUGGCGGACAAGUCAGGCAGCAGGUGCUGACCCAUGCCACUGCUAUGGAUAAAGAACUCAAAAGCAAACUGAAAGAUGCAAAAAAGUUCUAUCAGAAAGGAGAGUACGAUGAAUGCCAAAAGCUAACUCAGGAAAUUUUAACUGAGGAUUCGAAAAGUUACCAAGCCCUGGUUUUGAAGGCAGCUUGUUGUGAUCAGUUGGAAUGUGAAGACGAGGCGGCCGAUUGCUUCUUCCAUGCUAUCAACGUUGAUCCUGGUAGUAUGUUGGCUUGGCAAACUCCUGAAGGUUUGACCGGCCUUCCCGAUCUGUGCAUCCUCGUAUUGAAGAGCGAACCGUCUAACCCGUAUGCGUUAGAAUUGCUACUGCGUUCGCAGAUUGAACGUUUCCUCAUUGUUGGUCUCCCUUUCUUCAUCUCAUCGAGUUUAAUUGGCCCGCCUGUUGAAUUUCCUGUUAUGGUUGAGUUGCUCGAUGAAUUAUUGGAUCCAGAGACUGAGGAACGAUUGGAUUCUCUCUACAAAUACUCGGACACCUUGGGAGAGCGCAGCAGUAAAACGGCAUCUGCAACAGUACACCUAGGUAGACUGAUACUUUUGGCUGCAGCCACACUGCGCAAUCCAGAAUCAGACUUCUGUUCGGACACGUGGAAAUCCAUAACUGAACGGGUCGACUCGAUAGCCUUAAACGACUGUGUGGGUUUGGCUAACUGGCAUAAACGGGGCUACAUGGAUUUUCACGUUUGUUGUCUCCAUGCGUUAGCUGCAUUCAAGCAACAUCUGUUCGAUCGAUGCGAAAUGGUGUUAAAGAAGAUCCUCACAGAAUGCGCCGUCAAAAUGUCAACCGCUGCUGAAGAUUCUCGCCAGUUAUCCGUUUUAUCCACCGUUCCGCUAAGUCAGCUAACUGACUUUCUCACACCGAGGCCCAUGUGUUCACCGUUUCGCUGCGAUCUGAAUAGUAUCCGAAUUUCGUAUGGCGGGGCUCUCCGGUCACCGUAUGACUUGAUCAAAGAAUGGGCACUCACUGUUCGUAUGGCUAAUGCAGCCGCAUCCGAAUUGUCUCACGUCACAAGCCGGCUAGUAGCCGAAUUGCUCCCAAUGUGGUUAAAACCGAUGUCUUUUGUGUGGCCGUCCGUUUCACAAACCUUGUGGAUGGAAUGUUGCCUCUCCAUCAAUCGCCUGGACUUGGCACUACGUGUCCUUCUACCGCUCGAUGUAAACGAACCCACUGUUGACAAGGUUGUCGAGCAUGCUCUGCUCGUCGAGCGCUCGGAAAUUCGACUCCGAAUCUGUGCUCUAUGGACUGCGUUUAUAUUCAUACUGCAAAAUAAGAGACUGGAAUCCGAUAAGAAACCCUGUAGGUCCUUUGCCACGGCUUGCGCUGUUCUUUAGCUGGUACACUUUGUUGCGUAAAGUCAAAUGCGUGUGAUCACUAUCUAUCGAACUAGAUACUUGUUUUGUACCGUGUUCAUUUAGCCACCUGUAUCUGCAGAUU